ACUGCCACUGGUGGUGUAAAGAAACCCCAUCGUUUCAGGCCUGGAACCGUCGCUCUUCGUGAAAUCAGACGUUACCAGAAGUCGACUGAGCUGCUCAUCAGGAAGCUGCCUUUCCAACGUCUCGUCCGUGAAAUCGCCCAGGACUUCAAGACCGAUCUUCGUUUCCAGUCGUCCGCCGUCAUGGCCCUUCAGGAGGCAGCUGAGGCCUACCUGGUAUCUCUGUUCGAAGACACCAAUUUGGCUGCCAUUCACGCUAAACGUGUCACCAUCCAGCCCAAAGAUCUUGCCCUUGCUAGGCGUCUUCGCGGAGAGCGCUCUUAA